CAAAGUGUGAUGUCGGAAAUCAACUUCCUACACCCACAAUUUAAAACGGAAGUUACCUCGUCUUGUGUAGCUGAAGAUGACUAUCAACCUUCAAAUUUGGUUUCUGCGGGCUUCUGGGAGAAAGAUCGAGGGUUUAUGGCGUACAACCUGGUGAAGCCGCCUGUGAAACUGACUUUCAAUUUCAAGUAUAAAAUCCAAGUGAACCGAAUAAAACUCUGGCCUUCUAUGGGGUCCCAGCGCUCAACUAGCUUCGAAAUUGACAUCAUCAAUGGGAAAGAAUCAACACAGGUGGGCAAAUGCAACAGAAUGAAUGCAGACAUCGUGGAAUGGAGCAAAAUUGAUUGUAGCCCAGCAACGAGCUCUUCGUGUCUUCAGUUGAAGUUUUUCUCAUCAAAUGCUGUGAGAAAAUCAUUGCAGGGCGUCGACUGCAUGCAAGUCACAAUAACUUCCACGCAAAGGUGUGCAGUCGUUCUCAGGAAAAUAGAAAUAUGGGGUUAUCCUAGCAGGAAAUUGGAUUCAGCGGCUAAACAGGAAUGUGAAGAUUUAUGGCGUGGAAUUUCCACUCCAAAUCUGAGUAAUUGCAAAAAGGCACGAGGCCCAACAGAAACUAGGAAGCAUUUAACACCUUCGAAUAUCGAAAAUGUCCCUGAAGAGUUUUUGGACGCUAUCACGUGCGAGCUCAUGUUAUUUCCAACAAGACUGCCAUGCGGCAAAGCUGUAGACCAAUCCACAAUCGAGAAACAUUCGAGAAUUGAAGAAAGCUGGGGCCGAGUUCCAAGCGACCCGUUCACAGGAAAACCGUUCACUGCCAACUCCAAGCCAAUUUUAGAUGCAACGCUGAAAACUAGGAUAGACAAGUUCUUGAUAGAAAACUCGCAUAGACCUGAAUUUAAGAACGUUCCAAGGACACUGGGAAGAAAGACUCCAGUGCAGACACAAAAUAAUACAAAGCUCGAAUCUAACUAUCUUAACCCACAUCCUCCAGCGAAGAAACCAAAGCUGGAUCUAGAUGUAAAACCGACUCUCUCAGUAAUUCCCUUGCAUGAAGCCUUCCAAAGCGCCCUUGAAUCCAUUCGGCAGAGAGCUGUGACACGCUCUAGUUCCAACAAAGCUGCAGAAGAAAAGAAAUGCAUCUCGUGCAGUGGGAAAGGUUACUUGUACAAAAUAAAAGGCUGUGAUCAUAUUAUUUGUAGGACAUGCUUGCAUAUAAUUAGGGAUUCGCAAAUGUGUACUUGUAAAGCAAAAUUUAGUAACUCUGACGUAGAGAGAAUUUUUGAAUAAAAUAUUUA